AUGCUCGAAAACUUUACUCUAUCGCCUAGAAACUUAGAAGAAAGACCAUAUACAUUGCUUACUGCUGCGUUCUCUCACAAGGAUUUGGGUCAUUUAUGCUCUAAUAUGUAUUCUUUGAAUGCUUUUGGACCACUAAUGAUAAAUGCUCUUGGAACACCAUUAUUUGUGUCAUUGUAUUUUGGAGCAGCUGUAUUUUCAAGUCUUGUCUAUCUUGUAUUAGAGAAAAUAGCAGUGCAAAGGGAUAGAUGGCGUCGUAAUAUAGCCUAUGGACUAGGUGCAUCCGGUGCUAUUAGUGGUAUGAUUGUAGCAUUUGCUACUCUAUGGCCAAAGGGUACGAUUAUAUUCCUUGGUAUAGUCCCUGUAUCUGCAUGGUUAUAUGUUGCUGGGUAUUUGGCAUAUGAAGCCUACAAGGAAUACAACAGGGAUCAACGUACUUAUAAAGUUGGUCAUUCUGCUCAUCUUGGUGGUGCCCUUUAUGGAGGUUUAUUCUAUUUAUUCCUUCGUAAUUACCAUUUCAUAGAUGAUAUUUAUUUUAAUAUGUAUCGAUACUAUACCUCCAUACUAUAG